AUGUCCACUUUCAUAUUCCCCGGCGAUGCCUUGCCUGUAGAUCCCACUGUACCCAUCAAACUGGGUCCCGGCAUAUAUUGUGACCCCAAUAGUCAAGAGGUACGACCCGUGAAUACAGGUAUCUUGCAUGUUUCUACGAAGGGCAAGAGUGGUGCGCAGGCUGUAUAUGUAGACUACUCCAGCAAAAGAUACGUUCCCUCGGUAAACGAUUUUGUAAUCGGCACGAUCACUGGCACGUUCUCAGACAGUUAUAAAGUUUUGCUACAAAACUUCUCCUCUAGUGUCUCGUUAUCAUAUAUGGCUUUCCCUAAUGCCUCGAAGAAGAACAGACCUACUUUACAAGUGGGAGACUUAGUAUAUGCAAGGGUCUGCACGGCAGAAAAGGAACUAGAAGCUGAAAUUGAAUGCGUGGAUUCAGCUACCGGUCGCGAUGCUGGGUUCGGGUUAUUAGAGGACGGUAUGAUUAUAGACGUGAAUUUGAAUUUCGCACGCCAGUUGCUUUUCAACAAUGAUUUCCCCUUAUUGAAAGUGUUAGCCGCUCACACCAAGUUCGAAAUUGCCAUUGGACUCAAUGGGAAGAUCUGGGUAAAGUGCGACGAAUUAUCUAAUACCUUAGCCUGUUAUAGGACGAUUUUGGAAUGUUGUCAAAAGAACGAUGUUGCAACUUUCAAAGAUAUAGCAAAGAGACAAUUUGAAGAAGUGCUUAACGUCAAGGAAGAAUAG